AUGGGUUAUGCUGUACCAGAAAAGUCUGUUGUUGAUUUUUGUGAAAGUAAAACCGAAUCCUUAUCUAACUGGGUUCGUCAAGUUAAAUGUAAAUCUAUUACCGCUAAGACAAAGAGAAAGCGUGAUCUGAGAAUAAUCGCCAUUUUGAGUAAUUCUUUGUUACGGGCGGAGAGUGAGCUUGUUACGAAACAAAGAGAACGUGCUAGAAGGUGGGCACAAAUGCAAGCAGAUCUUGGAUUGUGCAAUAAAGAAGAAGAAGUCUCAAGGCAGCAACAAGAAAAAAUUGAUAAUUUAUGGAAGAAUGAUCUCAGUGGCUUAGAUAGUUUUUUCAGAGAAUUAGAUAAUUCCCAUUGCGUUUCGCGUGGGUCUGCAUCCGACGGCCGCCAUCUUGGUUGCCGCCUGGGGCGUGGCUGCGGCUACUACAAAAUGGGUUUGUAA